GAGAGAGAGAGAGAGAGAAUGGGAUCUCUCCGUUUACCGGGGAAACUCUGAGGCAGUCUCGCGCUCCGGGAUGCGUCUCCAGCGUUCCAGCUUUUUACAUUUUAUUCUUUGCAUCCAUGUGGAUUUGGCGCUUUGAUGCACGUGCAGUGGAAUAAAUCUGAACCGAUGAUGAUGAUGAUGAUGCAGGACCGGAAAUAUCCUGCAGUGCAAGACUUCUAAGACCGGAGAAGUGCCGGUGGUCCGGCGGUGCGCGCGCGCCAGUUCCCGGCGCGUUCACGCAGUAAACGGAUCUCUCAUCACCGCUCUCUGGAUUCAGGAGUUUUAGUUUAAUCCUGACAGGAAAUGGCUCAUAAAGGAAGCACCUGGACUGGACGGCUCGUGCUGUUUGGGUUUAUUCUCAUUUUGGCAUGUCUCGAGAGCGCUGAAUCCAGUUCUCCGUCACUGCUGGAAUCUCUGGGGUUACCUUCAAACACAGAGUAUGAGAUCGUGGCUCCAUACGAGGUGGACCGUCACGGCCGCUACGUUUCCCACGCCGUCGCUCAUCAUCAUCGCAGGAAGCGCUCGCUGGAGGAUCAUGGGAUUGACCUUGCCUCCCCAGCCCACUUUCUGCUCCGUGGUCUCGGACAGAACUUCCACAUGGAGCUGCAUCCCUCCAUCAGUCUCGUCGCUCCGGGAUUUACCAUCCAAACUCUGGGUGAAAACGGCACAGAGAAGCUGGAGACCUUCCCUGGAGAGGAUUUCUGCUUCUAUCAAGGGUCACUGAAGUCAAAGGUCAACUCUACAGUGGCAUUAUCCACGUGUGCUGGGAUGUCAGGUCUGAUCCGCACCCAGGAGGCUGAUUACUUCUUGAAGCCGCUCCUCCUGCACCAGGUGCAGAAUGAGAACUACACCACAGCACCCGAACACCAUCCGCACAUCCUCUACAAGAUACACACACAUGCACCGGAACACUCGGGCGGAGCCAAACGGCGUCACCGACGUCACGGUCACCAUGACGACUACAGACACGGAGCACACCAGAAACAACACUACUGCGGAAGAAGGAAGAAAUAUAUGCCGCAGCCUCCCGCUGAAGAUGUUUACAUUUCUCCUGACGAGUAUAAAUCAGCGCUGAGAGGAAGGCGAGCAGCGACGCUAAGCACUAAUCCCAGACUCAACGUGGAGAUGCUGGUGGUCGUGGAUCCGAAGAUGAUGGAGAAUCACGGACGAGAGAACGUCACCAUAUUCGUCCUCACUGUCCUCAACAUGGUCUCCACCCUGUUUAAGGACAAGACAAUAGGAGGAGACAUUAACGUGGUGAUUGUGGGACUGAUCCUGCUGAGCGGAGAGCAGGACGGUUUGGUGAUUAAUCAUCACGCUGAUCACACUCUGAGCAGUUUCUGUCAGUGGCAGUCGGCUCUGGCGGGUCGUGAAGGUCGUCGCCAUGAUCACGCCAUCCUGCUCACGGGAUUGGACAUCUGCUCCUGGAAGAACGAGCCGUGUGACACACUGGGCUUCGCUCCGAUCAGUGGGAUGUGCAGUAAAUACCGGAGCUGCACCAUUAAUGAGGACACGGGACUCGGACUCGCUUUCACCAUCGCUCACGAGUCCGGCCACAAUUUUGGAAUGGUCCACGAUGGUGAAGGAAACGUGUGUAAAAAGUCCAUAGGGAACAUCAUGUCCCCUACACUAGCAGGAGAUAACGGACUCUUCUCCUGGUCGUCCUGCAGCCGUCAGUAUCUCACGCGCUUUCUCAGCACUGCUCAAGCUACGUGUCUUUCGGAUGAACCGAAGGCGAUGGAGGAAUACAAAUAUCCGGAGAAACUUCCCGGCGAGCUCUACGACACCGACACUCAGUGCAAAUGGCAGUUUGGAGUAAAAGCCAAACUCUGCACACUGAACUUCAAAAAGGACAUCUGUAAGGCUCUGUGGUGUCAUCGCACCGGGCGAAAAUGCGAGACCAAAUUCAUGCCAGCGGCUGAGGGCUCCAGCUGUGGCCCUGAUUUGUGGUGCCGUCGUGGAGAGUGUGUAAAACAGGGAGAUGGAGGUCCUCAGCCUGGUUACGGUCACUGGUCCGGGUGGUCCGAUUGGUCGAGCUGCUCCAGGACGUGUGAGAGCGGUGUGAUGUACCGAGAGCGACAGUGCAACCACCACGAGCAUGUGGAUGGAGGGAGUAUGUGUGAGGGCGUGUCUCGUGUAUAUAAACUGUGUAACACUUUUGACUGUCCUGCAAGUGCGGUGGACUUCAGAGCAGCUCAGUGUGCAGAGUUUAACACAAAGCCCUUCCGCGGCCUUUAUUACAGAUGGAAACCUUACACACAAUUUAAAGAUCAUGAUGCGUGCAAGCUCUACUGCUUUGCUGAGGGCUACGACUUCUUCUUUGCACUUUCCAACAAAGUCCAUGAUGGCACACGGUGUACACUGGACAGCAACAGUGUGUGUAUUGACGGCGUGUGUGAGAGAGUGGGUUGUGACCAAGAGCUGGGUUCGACAGCAGUACUGGACAUGUGUGGUGUCUGCAAUGGCAAAAACUCUACCUGCAAACUCUACAAAGGCCGAUACACCAAACAACACUACUCCAACCAGUACUAUGGAGUGGUCACUAUCCCACCAGGUGCCCGUAGUAUUCAUGUGGUGGAGUCAAACUCCUCCAGAUCUUUUCUUGCCCUGAGGAAUACACACAGGAAAUACUAUCUAAAUGGUCAUUGGAAAGUGGACUGGCCUGGACAUUACUCCAUUGCGGGAUCAGUUUUUGACUACAAACGGCCCUAUAAUGGUCUUGAGAGCCUGACCUCCACAGGACCAACCAGUGAAACUCUGGUGGUAGAGAUCCUGCUGCAGGGUUCGAACCCAGGUGUGCAGUGGGAAUACACAGUAACCAAAGUAAAGACGGAGAAGGUAACCAAGCCCAAACACAAAUACACGUGGGCUGUGAUUCGCUCCGAGUGCUCUGCUACUUGUGCCGGAGGUGAGAUGAAAACGAAGGCAGCGUGUUAUAAGGAUCAGCGAGUCCAAGUGAACACGUCCUACUGUAACCCCAAAUCUCGGCCCAAAACCGGCACCAUUUCCUGUAACACCCAACCCUGCCCUCCCAGAUGGAAUGUGGGAGACUGGUGUGUGUGUAGUCGUACGUGUGGUUCGGGGGAACAGAGUCGACAGGUGCAGUGUGUUCAGACGGCGAGUCACACUCGGGUGAAGGUGUUGAGUGAUCAGAAGUGUGUUCAGCCUCCGCCUGCACGCACACGCACCUGUAACACACAUUCCUGCCCACCUACAUGGAGCGUCGGCAACUGGACUCAGUGUUCACGUAAGUGUGGUAAGGGUGUGCAGAGGAGGGCAGUGGUGUGUAUGCGCAGAAAUCUAGGAUCGCGUGACCUUGUUCUUCCAGACAGCGAGUGUGUGUUCCUGCCCAAACCACAAAGCCUGGAGAACUGUGUACUGAAACCCUGCCCAAGAACACACACUACACACUGGAGCUUCACUCACUGGCAACAGUGUUCAGUGACGUGUGGUGCAGGUGUACAGUUCCGCUCUCUGCAGUGUGUGGAGAAGGACAUAAUGGGGAAACACAGAACGCUGACAGAGAAGAAGUGCCAACACACACCCAAACCAUCAGCCGAGCUGCAGAGAGUGUGUGUUCAACCUGACUGCAUCAAAUCACACCACUCUAACACACCACAGUGGUACACAUCAGCCUGGUCUCAGUGUUCAGUGACGUGUGGUGCAGGUGUACAGUUCCGCUCUCUGCAGUGUGUGGAGAAGGACAUAAUGGGGAAACACAGAACGCUGACAGAGAAGAAGUGCCAACACACACCCAAACCAUCAGCCGAGCUGCAGAGAGUGUGUGUUCAACCUGACUGCAUCAAAUCACACCACUCUAACACACCACAGUGGUACACAUCUGCUUGGUCUCAGUGUACAGUGUCAUGUGGUGGUGGUGUCCAGCUCCGCUCUGUUCAGUGUCUCCUUCACAGACGUCCCUUGUCCACUUGUUCCCUACAUCUGAAACCGGCUGCGUCUCAAAUCUGCAACACCAAAUUCUGCCCUCAGCAACACAGAGACACCGUGUGUAAGGACUUGUACAGUUGGUGUCACCUGGUGCCGCAGCGUGGAGUGUGUAAUCAUCACCAGUACAGGAUGCAGUGCUGUCUCUCCUGCUCAAACACCAACUUCUGAUCUGCAUCAGCAAAUAAAAUUACAGAUUAGCAUGUUAGCAUGUGAGACACAAACACACAAACACACCAUGUGUGUCUGUCGAGUGUGUGGAGCAGCUCACAUCAGACUGAGAUGCAGGGAUGUGUGGACUCAUGUUGAAGAUGGACACAGAGGAGAGAAACGGAGAGAAAGAUCUCUGUAGUCCCUUAUAUGAAGGGUGCAGUCUGAAGAUUUAGGACACGCCCAUUUCCUGAGACGGCUGUGAUUUGGUUCUGCGAGUGCGUGCUGUGAUGCGAGGACUCUGCAAUUUUGCAUUUGCACAUAAAAUAUAAAAGUGACUGUCUGCUUUUCAGAAAAUUAUUUUAGGAGAAUGUUGAGCUUUGUGUCGUGGACUGACUGAAGACUCGGUUUCAUAAGUUACACUGUUUAUAUUAAAAUGGAAAUAAAUAAAAAAAAACAGUAUGAAAUAAAUGUU